CGGACACGCACUCCUCGCCACUGCUCGCACCUCCGGCCCGGGUCCCAGGCGAGCCGCCCAGCCCGGGAGCCCGAGGCCGCUCCGCUCCGCCUGCUAUGUAACCGCGAGGCGGUGGGAGGAAGGGGACGGGGAGAAGCUGUCCGGGCGAGGAGCGUCUCGGGGUCUAAGUUUGCGGCCACUUGAGCAGGCGCCAACGCGCAGCCCUCGCCUGACCCUUCCUGCAUCCCUGCCGGCCCGGGUGCCCUUGGCUUCCUCGGCGCUUGCCGGCGACCAUGGUGACGAUGGAGGAGCUGCGGGAGAUGGACUGCAGCGUGCUCAAAAGGCUGAUGAACCGGGACGAGGGCGGCGGCGCCCUGGGGCUGCUGAGCGGCGGCAAGUGCCUGCUGCUGGACUGCAGACCGUUCCUGGCGCACAGCGCGGGCUACAUCCGCGGCUCGGUCAAUGUGCGCUGUAACACCAUCGUGCGGCGCCGGGCCAAGGGCUCCGUGAGCCUCGAGCAGAUCCUGCCCGCCGAGGACGAGGUGCGCGCCCGUCUGCGUUCCGGCCUCUACUCGGCCGUCAUCGUGUACGACGAGCGCAGCCCGCGCGCCGAGAGCCUGCGGGAAGACAGCACCGUGUCGCUGGUGGUGCAGGCGCUGCGCCGCAACGCCGAACGCACCGACAUCUGUCUGCUCAAAGGUGGCUAUGAGAGGUUUUCCUCCGAGUACCCAGAAUUCUGUUCCAAGACCAAGGCAUUGGCAGCCAUCCCACCCCCUGUGCCUCCGAGUGCUACGGAAUCCUUAGAGCUGGGCUGCAGCUCCUGUGGGACUCCCCUGCACGACCAGGGGGGUCCUGUGGAGAUCCUUCCCUUCCUCUACCUCGGCAGUGCUUAUCAUGCUGCGCGGAGAGACAUGCUGGACGCCCUGGGAAUCACAGCUCUGCUCAACGUCUCCUCCGACUGCCCGAACCAUUUCGAAGGUCACUACCAGUACAAGUGCAUCCCGGUGGAGGACAACCACAAGGCCGACAUCAGCUCCUGGUUCAUGGAAGCCAUUGAGUACAUUGAUGCAGUGAAGGAGUGCCGCGGCCGCGUGCUGGUCCACUGCCAGGCGGGCAUCUCGCGCUCGGCCACCAUCUGCCUGGCCUACCUGAUGAUGAAGCAGCGCGUGCGACUGGAGGAGGCCUUUGAGUUCGUCAAGCAGCGGCGCAGUGUCAUCUCGCCCAACUUCAGCUUCAUGGGGCAGCUACUGCAGUUUGAGUCCCAGGUGUUGGCCACAUCAUGUGCUGCGGAGGCCGCCAGCCCCUCGGGGCCCCUGCGGGAGCGGGGUCCAAGCACCCCCACGCCCACCUCGCAGUUUGUCUUCAGCUUCCCAGUGUCGGUUGGCGUGCACUCGGCCCCCAGCAGCCUGCCCUACCUGCACAGUCCCAUCACCACCUCCCCCAGCUGCUAGAGUCGCGCCCCCCUCUGGCCCUGGGACCUCCCUCUCUACCCCUGGGAGACCAGAGCUGGCCCUGGGCUGGGCUGGGGGCGUGGAGCCACGUGUGUGUGUGUGUGUGGGUGGAGGGCAGGUGCCUCCACUGCUUGACCCAUCCACCUCUCCUUGGCCAACCGCAGGGCCAGCUCGAAUGGCAAUAAGGACUUUGACUCGGAUUUCUAACAAACAGCCAAACACUCCCAACUUAGAGCAAUAACGGCUGCCUCCUUGGCUGCCAGGGAGGGCCUUGGCUUGGUUUUUGUGUCUUGUUUUGCUUUUCCAAUAGAAAAUUCUUACCUCAUUUUUUUCCCCCCUAAGCAGUUAAGGCUUGAAGUUAGGGCAGCCUCAGAUCCUGGCAAAUGAGCUCCACCCAACCCAUCUGAUUCUGGGGAGUAGGAGU